AUGGGCUUUACUGAUCUUUUGAGCGACGCCGGUUUGGCUGUCCUUAACAGCUGGUUGACCACCCGUUCAUACGUCACUGGUUACGCUCCCUCCCAGGCCGAUGUUGCCGUCUUCAAGGCCAUUACCUCUGCCCCCGAAGCCGCCAAGUACCCCAACGCCGCACGAUGGUACAAGCACAUCGCCUCUUUCGAGGAUGAGUUCCCCACCCUACCCGGUGACGCUUCUAAGCCCUACACCGUCUACGGCCCUGAGGAGGUUGCUGCUACCCUAAACCCCGCUAAGGCACCCGCUGCUGAGGAGGAUGAUGAUGUCGACCUAUUCGGCAGUGAUGAUGAGGAGGAAGAUGCCGAGGCCGUUCGUGUCCGUGAGGAGCGUCUAGCUGCUUACCGAGAGAAGAAGGCGGCCAAGCCCAAGACCAUCGCUAAGUCUGUCGUCACUCUGGAUGUUAAGCCUUGGGAUGACGAGACCGACAUGGUUGCUCUUGAGGCCGCUGUCCGUGGAAUUGAGAAGGAUGGUCUAGUCUGGGGUGCCUCCCAGCUGGUGCCCGUUGGUUUCGGUAUCAAGAAGCUACAGAUCAACCUCGUCAUUGAAGACGAGAAGAUCUCCCUCAGUGAUCUCGAGGAGGAGAUCCAAGGAUUCGAGGACUAUGUCCAGUCUACCGAUGUUGCCGCCAUGCAGAAGCUGUAA